UGUCUGAAUAAUUUUUGGCUCCAGAUUUUUAUCAAUUUAACUGGUAGUCCACUGUAUGAAGAAUUUUGGGGGUAUAAUAUGUCACAGUUUACUUUAUUUUGCUAUCCUCACUUACAUAAAUGAACUAUAGUGUCCUGCACCCACUAGUAAAAAUAUAUCAAAAAUGUCUGAAUAAUUUUUGGUAUGACUGUAUACACACACACACACACACACACACACACACAGUGCACUAUAUUAGCCUAUAUCCCUCUGCUUCAAUUCCAUAAAUUGAAGCAGGAGGGAAACGUGUAAACAGCAGCUCACAUCUGUUUAACCUCAGAAACUGAGAGAGGAACGACCGGGACCGAGAAACUCUUUGAUUGGUCUAAAUUCGAGGAGGCGGGGUGAGAAAUCCCCCAUGACAGCAAAACUAUUAAAACAAUUUUCUUUCAACAGCUAGACAGAGUGUGAAAGAGAGAGAGAGAGAGAGAGAGAGAGAGAGAGAGAGAGAGGAUAAACGGUAAAGAGAUCGGAGAUCGAAGUUUUUCAGCACCAUGACAUUUGUUUUUAUUUCUCGAUUGCUUUUUCUUCAAAUCCUUCUCAUUGUUCUUCAUGUCUCAUCAUCUGUAGGGGAGAAAAGCUCCAACAUAACUCCCAAGGGGAGGAGCUUCCCUGUGAUCAAUGAGACCCUACCAGAUGAGCAUAAGGAGCAGUUCCAGAGCUACAUGACUGAACUAGUGGUUCCUCUUCUCUGCCUCUUCGCCUUUUUCAUCGGGCUUCCCACAAACACAUUAGCCCUAUGGGUGCUGGUCUUGCGAACCAAAAAGCUCCCUUCCACCAUUCUGCUGAUCAACCUCACCAUCUGUGAUCUUCUGCUACUGCUGGUGCUCCCCUUUCGUAUCGUCUACCACUUCCUAGGCAACAACUGGACAUUUGGAGAACCAUUCUGUCGAAUUGUAAUGGCGCUCUUCUAUGGAAACAUGUACGGCUCAGUAGUGUGUCUGGCAUUGAUCGCUGUGGAUCGCUAUGUAGCUCUUGUUCACCCUUUUGGUGCCAAGACACUUCGUAGUAACAAGAACUCAGUCUGUAUGAGUGUUUUGGUUUGGAUAGUAGUUGUAGCUGCUGCUGUGCCUUUGUUAGCCUCAAAACAGUCUUAUGAGAUAAAAAACCUUGCAAUAACAACCUGCCAUGAUGCACUGCCUCCAGAACAGCAAGAAAAGUACUCCCUGCCGUACUUUGCUACUCUCUUCUCCCUCUGUUUCCUGGUCCCACUACUGGUUGUGCUGUUCUGCUAUUCUGCAGUGUUACGCACCCUUAUGGCUGAAGGCCAGCGUUUUGCCCAUGCAGUUAGAGUGACUGUGCUGAUGUUGAUGGUUUUUAUUGCUUGCUUAUUGCCUAGCAACAUUCUCAUGCUGUUGCAUUACUCUAAAUCGGACUUUGCUAAUAAUCACCUUUAUGCUCCGUACCUGAUCACUUUGUCUCUCAGCACCUUCAACAGCUGCAUUGAUCCUUUCAUCUUUUAUUUUGUGUCUAAGGAUUUCAGAAAGAGGUUAUGGGAGGCUCUCAGGUGUUCUGGGUCUGAUUCGGGGUCCUCCUCUGAAUCUAAGACAAAAAUGACCUUACUAUCAAAGAUGAGCAGGACUGAAGGAUCUGUAAAUGUAGAAACAGCUUGAUCGUGAGAUUAGCAUAACAGUUAUGGAAAUCAGAAGAUACUAGUUUAUAUAACUCAAAAAUUCUAGGGUGUGUUGAAUGACUAAUAUAUAGAGCGUCUGUCUUUCUGUCCAUCCAUCUGUCAGUCUGCCUAUCCAUGAAUAUAGCUUAAGAUUACUUUGAACAGGAAAAACUAGAAUGAGGAGAUAUUAAUUCCAUUUCCUCCUUAUUUCCUUUAGUCAUUAUAAUGAUACAGGAGACAAAUAGAUAUAUUUCAAAACAUUUUGAGUUUCUUGCAUGAAGGCACACUUCAUGUUUGCAUCUAAAAUUUGCAAAUGCUGUUUGUACCCAAGACAACUCAGCAGUCUUCAUGGCCUGUUGGAUUAAUAAUGUUGGAAAAAUCAGUCACACUGUCUUAAAGCAGUGACCCAACAAAACUAGGGGGCAGUGUGAACUAUUGCUUGAAAGAUUCACCAAAAUUAGGGUAGAAUUUUAGAAUUUUUCAUAUUGGAAAUUAUAUUAUAUUAUAUUAUAUAUUUAAGUAAUAAAGGAUGUGUCUAUUAAAAUAAAUUAAAUGUGGAAUAUAUAACUAACUUUUUAAGCUGUGAACUAAAAACUGAAUACAUUUAAUGGAUUCAAACAGUGGAAGGUAAAUGAAUGAAUUAUACAGUAUAGUGGACAUGUUACCGUACAAUUGUGCCAUAUAGUAUAAACCAUUGAAUAGCAAAUGCUUUUUAUGAGCCUGUUUUCUGCAAUAGAAGCACGCAUGUCACACAAUAGUUUCUUUGUGUAUGUGAAUAGCUGUAAAUAGGAAGUACAGAACCACAAGUCACAUCUGCAACCAUAUCUAGCUCUUUUGUCAAGAACUGCUGAUUGUUUCGUUUUUUUUAAUCAUGACAUUUACUAUGAAUAUGACAACCAAAAUGUAUAUUUAAAUGUAUAUUUGAACAGCAUUGUUUUGUAAUACAAAGCCUGACAAUUGUAUUCUUGUGAAAUGUUUUUCUUUGAAGAAAGUAUUCCUCUCUUCAAUUACCUUCAUAUGUCAACAUUAAAAUUACAUUAAAUGUACUAAUGACCAAAUAUUA